CAUGAGAGACGUGACUGAAUAAAAUCGUUCUUUUCUAUAUACGGAAACAGCCAAAAAGGAGGAUAACAAACCCACGUUUGCAGACUGGACUGCAAAAAGAAACCUUUUUUAAUGAUCCGGUGGUGUUAUAUGGAUCAUAUACCUUUUUUUUUUCCUUCUUAUGUGUGUAGUAUAUAAAAAGUUAGGAUUACGAGAGCAAAUUUAGCUUUUUUAUUUAUUUUUAUUUGGGGUCCCUCAAAGUCUUCGCCUUUGCCGUGUUGAAGUAAGAUCGCGAUGGGAGAACGCAAGAAGAUCAUCAUCGAUACUGAUCCUGGAAUCGGUCGAUGAUGCAAUGGCCAUAUUCGUGGCUUUAAACUCACCUGAAGUUGAUGUGAUUGGCCUCACUACUAUCUUUGGAAACGUGUAUACCACUCUCGCCACUCGAAACGCCUUGCAUUUGUUGGAGGUUGCGGGUAGGACAGAUAUUCCUGUGGCUGAAGGAACACAUCAAACUUUCCUGAACGAAAAGAAGGUUCGGAUUGCUGACUUUGUUCAUGGAAAAGAUGGACUUGGCAACCAAAAUUUCCCUCCACCUAAAGGAAAGCCAAUUGAAAAGUCUGGACCUGAGUUCUUAGUUGAACAAGCAAAGCUUUACCCUGGCGAGAUCACCGUUGUUGCUUUGGGACCAUUAACAAAUAUCGCUUUGGGAGAUUUUCAUUACCAUGAGAUGCAGGCUGUUCAGCUUGAUCCAGAGUUUUCGAAAAAUGUCGGACAAAUUGUGAUUCUUGGUGGAGCAUUCGCAGUAAACGGAAAUGUAAAUCCAGCUUCGGAAGCUAAUAUUUUUGGAGAUCCAGAAGCUGCAGAUAUUGUGUUCACAUGUGGAGCCGAUAUAAUUGCUGUGGGGAUCAACGUGACCCAUCAAGUUAUUAUGUCAGCUGAUGACAAGGACAAAUUGGCAUCAUCGAAUGGGAAAUUAGCUCAAUAUCUCUGUAAAAUCCUUGAUGUGUAUUAUGCUUAUCAUCUUGAGGCUUACGAAAUCAAAGGUGUCUAUCUUCAUGAUCCUGCGACGAUCCUAGCGGCUUUCCUUCCAUCUCUGUUCACUUAUACAGAAGGAGUUGCUAGAGUGCAGACAAGCGGUAUUACUAGGGGACUUACUAUACUGUACAACAAUCUAAAGAAGUUUGAGGAAAUGACAGAGUGGUCAAACAAACCAUCGAUAAAAGUGGCAGUGACGGUUGACGCUCCUGCGGUAUUGAAGCUCAUAAUGGAUAGGCUUAUGGAGUCUUAGACUCAUCUCUCUUGCUUCACUUUUUGUGAACCCAUUUUCUCUUGUUUCCAACGCAAACCUACUUGAAAAUAAGGGCUCUUUCUUUUGCUUCAUUAUCAUUUAAUUUUAAGUGCUUUUUUAAAAGAAAAUCUUUUGUCAAACCGAAUAUUAUUUUACCAUUUGAUGACCUACUAAUAAUAAAAUUAAAUUCUUUC